UUUCAUCAUCUUCAUCGGUACCGCCACAAUUUUCAUCGGCGAUCUGCAACCAGGAUCUCGGAAAUGCCGUUCAAGAGGUACGUUGAGAUCGGGAGAAUCGCCCUCGUUAACUACGGAAAAGAUUAUGGAAAGCUUGUAGUCAUUGUCGAUGUUAUUGAUCAGAACAGAGCGCUUGUCGAUUCCCCUGACAUGGUAAGGAGUCAAAUCAACUUCAAGAGACUGACACUCACCGACAUCAAGAUUGACAUCAAUAGAGUUCCAAAGAAGAAAACCCUUGUUGCUGCUUUGGAGGCUGCUGAUGUUAAGAACAAGUGGGAGAGCAGUUCAUGGGGAAGAAAGCUUAUCGUUCAGAAGAAGAGGGCCUCACUUAAUGAUUUCGACAGGUUUAAGGUUAUGUUGGCAAAGAUAAAGAAAGCUGGAGUUAUAAGGCAAGAACUAGCCAACCUUAAGAAACAGACCACAGCUUGAUAUAAUUUUCUUCUGAAAAUCAAGAUUUUGGUGUAGCUUUUUUUUAAUAUUUGAUGAAUUACUUGUUGCUUAUGAUAUUGUAUUUUUUUGGGAUUAAAUCAGAUUUUUGCCAUUUUCAUUUUUCUUUGUGUUUUAAGUGGCAAAUGCAUUGGAUUCAAACAA